AGAAGAAAUACACAACCAUUCACUUUCUAAUACAUUUCCUUCACUCCUUCCCUCCAGGCGUGGCCAGCCAGGUGUCCAGAAGGCCUCGCUCGCCGUGGGAGAAGGUCGCCGUCAUGCCCACCGCCCCGCCACGCCCGCAGUUCACGGAGGAGGUGGCUAACCUUACUGUGGUCAUAGGGAGGGAAGGAACCAUGCGCUGCUCCGUCAAGAACCUCGGGAACCACCAGAUCGCGUGGAUAAGGGCGGACACCCAGACACUGCUGAGCAUCUCCAACACGAUGAUCUCGCGCAACUACCGCAUCAAGGUGUACCACAGCGACAACAGCACGUGGUUCCUGCACCUGGAGAACGUGAGCCUCACUGAUCGCGGGGACUACAUGUGUCAGAUCAACACGGUGCCGCCCAUCUCCAAGCAAGGCUACCUGGAGGUGGUGGUUCCCCCUGAGAUCUUGGACGAGGAGACGAGUACUGACGUGGAAGUGAAGGAGGAUGCGCCUGCUCAGCUGAGGUGCGGCGCCAAGGGUUACCCAGCACCUGAGAUCACCUUCAUGAAAGAGGGCUCGGGGCAGGUGCGCUACGCGACCAAAGGUCUGCCGGGCGCUGUAGCCUCCAGCAACACCGUGGACUCUGACGGCCUGAAGAAAACGACGGCAGUGCUUUCCUUCGACACCGUGACGCGCGGGGACAUGGGUCACUACCUCUGCAUCGCCAGCAACUCCGUCCCGCCCACCAAGAGCAAGAGAAUGGUGCUCAAUGUGCGAUACCGUGAGCCCGCCGUGUUCGUGAGUCACCAAAUGAUCGGGGCUUACCUCGGGGACUCUAUCACCAUCAACUGCACCGUGAAGGCGUACCCGCGGCCCGUGGUCUUCUGGCAGGACAGCACUGGCAAGAUCAUCAUUUCAAAUGAUCGGUUCCGCGUGAAGGAGAUGUUGGUCGGGUACAGUCCGCCGGAGAUCUUGACGAUGCUGACCAUAUCUGACAUCAAGGCGGAGGAUUUCACCACCUACCGCUGCAACGCCUCCAUUGACAACGACAAGACGAGGGAGAAGAGCCUGGCCGUGCAGCUGAGCGAGAUCUCGCGACCUUCCACCGAGUCUUCCGUCAUCUUCAAAGUGGCCCGCCAACCGAAAAACUUGCAGAAGCCCAUGUCCAAACAAAAGCAAAUUAACGGGAUUGGUGACCGGUACGAGAAACCGACUCACCUCGCCCCCGGCUUCCCAGAUAUUUUCUCCCAACCGAGCCACGGCCUUCCUAACUAUGGCCAGGGUCCGCCAGCCUCUUCCGGCAACAGAUCAUGUAGCUGUACAAAACUCCUCUACCUUCUCAUUGGCUGGUGGCUCCUCCCUGGGGCGGUGAGGGGCGCGGCAGCAUGAUGGAGGGACGGAAGGUGAAGGAGACCCCGCUCCCCCCGCUGCGUGUUAUAGCUUAGGUGGUGGUGGUGGUCAAGAGGACCGGGUAAUGACAGACGACUGUAGUAGUAGUAGUAGUAGUAGUAGUAGUAGUAGUAGUAGUAGUAGUAGUAGUAGUAGUAGUAGUAGCAGCAGCAGCAGCAGCAGCAGCAGCAGCAGCAGCAGCAACAACGACAAAUACAACAGCAACAACAACAACAACAACAACAACAACAAAAACAACAACAAAAAC